AUGGGACUAAAGGAAAUGUUCACUAAGGCGCAGGUGCCGUCCAUCCUGAUGCUCGGCUUGGUUUAUGUGACCUAUGUGCUGAUUGGAGGGGUGAUUUUCUGGAAGUUGGAAGGAGAGCUUGGAAAGAAGGACAUCAGUGUGUUGCUGCUGAACAAAAAAAAGCUGCUUACGACGUACCCCUGUAUGAACCAAGAAGGCCUGGAGGCUGUGGCUCAGGUUGUUCAAGAUGCAUCGAAGGUGGGCCUGAGUUUGAAAGGCAACUACACCACGGAUGGCUUCUGGAAAUUCACCAGCUCGGCUGUGUUUGCUGCAACUGUGGUCACAACUAUAGGUUACGGGAACAUGAGUCCUAGCACUACAGCUGGCCAGAUCUUCUGUGUGUUCUUCGCACUGAUUGGAAUCCCACUCAACAUGGUGGUGCUCAACAGAGUGGGCAAGUACAUGCUUGCCAUAGAGAGGGACGUCUCUGACUUCCUUGAGGGGAAGACUGGGCAAAGGAGGUGUAUGCGCUUUUCUGUCCACUUGGUCUCUUACCUCUGUGGAACGGUCCUCUUCUUCAUUGUGCCCAUGAUCGUGUUCCAACAGCAUGAGGGCUGGACCCAUUCGCAGGCCAUCUACUACUGCUUCAUCACCCUCAGCACCAUCGGCUUUGGAGACUUUGUGGCAGACAGUAAUCCAGACAAAGAAUACCCUGACUGGUACAGCGUCCUCAUGGCCAUGUGGAUCUUCUUUGGCCUGGCCUGGCUGGCCCUGCUUAUCAACCACUCGAUUGACAUCCUGGAGAGACUCAACGCCCACUUCAAACAGCGGUGGCGUACCGAGAAGCAGGAGGACGAGUCAGGCAGUGCAGAGGGUAACAACCCCGACACACAGAUGGAGGACGAAGAUGAGAUCAAGAAGCCUCCGAUAACUCAGUAA